UAAACGAACGCGAAACACAGCGUGCUGCUAAAACAAUUCGCUGCUAGGCGGUAGGCGGAUAGAUGCGCUAAUCGGCCAGCCUUAUCAACAAAGAGUCAGCUCGCGGAUCAAGGGGGCAACGAGCGUGGAAAUUUCGAUUUUUGCCUGCGACGCUGCUGGUUUUUUGUUGCAAAAUUACCCCAAUUACCGCGCAAUGUUCGAAAUACCAUUACAAUAUUCCUCAAGAAUUGUGCGCGAUUAAAAAUGUAUAAAUAAAUUUUGUUUAUUUCCGUGCGGUUCAUGGCAGCGGAAGCGGCGGCGGCGGCGGGCGAUUGAUUGCCAAUUUCUCUGAGUUUUUUUUUUUUUUUGUUUCUCGCUGGCAUGUUACGCGCCUUUCAUUCACGAGAACGUUUGUGUGUUUGUGCGUGUGUGUGGGUGACGUAAACAAAUGCAAAAAGCGAAUGAGUGUGUGCAAGAAUUCGAAAAAUGCGCUUCUCGAUUCACGUGCCAAAUAGCAACAAAAGCAAAAACAAAAACAAAAACAACAGCAUCGAAAGUGGAAAAAGCAGCAGCAGCCGCAGCAACAAGAAACAACCGUAAUUCCAGUGUUUGGCAGCAGCAGCGGAAGCAGGGAAAUUGACAUAACUCUUUAUUUUUCGCAUUGUGUUCUCUGCGCCUCUGUUUUGGGCCUCACAUUCGUUGCAUUUACCAGCUGUGCGAAUCUGCAGUGGUAGUGGUGUGCCUGCCCCCGUACAUGUGUGUGCGCGCAACACGUUUGUGUUUGUGCUGCUGCGUAAGCGAAGCCAGCGUUGACGUCGGCGUCGACAGCGUCCGUGCGUCACAGAUGCGACAGAUAAGACGCGACCCACUGGAGCCCCCUGGAGCCCCGACUGGAGCCCCGACUGGAACCCCGACUGCAGCCCCGACUGGAAGACUGGAAGAAGGGCCCAGCGGCAGCGGCAGUCAAUGUCUGAUUGUGUGUGAAAACUGGGCGGAGAACUGGGUGUCGUCUCGCCUCUAUGACUGAUAAUAAUGCCAUUCGAAUACUGCAACGACUGCCCGCCAGAAGAGAGCUGCCACGACAACAACAACAACAACAACAACAACAAGAACAGGAAGAAGAGCUGCCCCCACAUGCCACGUGCCACACAAUGGCCAUGCCACAAAAUGAGUAUUUGAAAAUCAGGAAACAUAUCAAAUGGCGAAAGUGAAGAAAGCACAGAAAUAGCAGCAGAUCCAGCAGAUACUGGAGAGAGAGAGAGAGAGAGAGCAAUAUAUAUAUAUAGAAUACAUAGGAAAAUACCAAUUUUUUUUGUUCCGGAAAGAGGAAAAGCUCAGAAAAGCCUGUGCCAUAAACGGGAACUUCUAUUUUGAUAAUUAUUGAAAUAAACACAAGAGACACGAGACACGAGACACACACGAGACAUAUCCCUGAAAAAAGGAAGAAAACGCUGCCAAUUAUAGCGAUAUACAAGGAGAGAGAGAGAGCGAGAGCAAGAGAGAGAGAGAGAGAUUUACACGCAGAUAUAACCACCGAUUGACAGCAGCAAUAGCUAUAUAUCCCUGCCUCCUCCCCCCAGCAACAAUAUGACAAUAUCAUCUGGAGAGACAACAGCCACAGCCACAGCCACAGCGAGAGCUACAGCCACGGCGAGAGGCGCCACCACGAAUAUACAUCAUGCAACAGCCAUAAAUCGCAACAAAUAUGAAAAACUCAUUACCAAGCCGCGGUCGCAGGAUGCAAUCGCGGAAACGGAAACCAAUGGAAGUGCCUCCGCCACCGCCACCGCCACCGCCACUCCCGCUCCCAUUGGAGCCACUACAGAUCGCACAAUGCUAUUGCCUUUGGAGGACACAAACGCCGCCGCCGGCAUUGUCACGUACAAACAGAAAUCGAAUGGGAGUGCCAGUGGGAGUGCGAGUGGGCAUGGCAAUGGGCACAUCAACAGCAGCGGCAGCGGCAGCGGCAGCACCUCUUGCAGCACCUCGUCAUCGACGUCAAUUGGCAUCAGCAGCAGCGGCAGUGGCAGCGGUGGCAGCCACCUAGGGGCAGGCUCUUCCUAUUCCAUGGGAUGGACGUGCCAUUGUUGCAAUUUAAUUGCACGGCGCUGCUUCGGCAUCAACGUGCGGCGGUGUGUUUUGGCCCUGCUCGCCAUCACAAUGGUUACGAUAUUCUACUACACGCAUUACGUCGAUACGGACGUAUUUAAUGGCCUCAUCCAGCGGGACACCCACCCGGCGCCGAUCAUCCACUGCCGCAUGCUGAGCGCCGCGGGGAAGCACGUGCGGGACGCCUCGCCGGCGCCCGACCACCGCUCGGAGGCGCGGCUCCGCAUCGAUCCCAAGGUCCUGGUCUUCGUGGAGACCACCUACUCGGGCCUGGGCCGGGACAUAGCCGAGCUGCUGGUCUACAAUCGGAUCAAAUACAAAAUCGAGGUGGCCGGCAAGAGCCUGCCGGUGCUCACGAACCUCGACAAAGGACGCUACGGCGUGAUUGUGUUCGAGAACCUGGACAAGUACCUCAACAUGGACAAGUGGAAUCGGGAGCUGCUGGACAAGUACUGCCGCGAGUACGACGUGGGGAUAGUGGGCUUCCUCAGUCCCAGCGAGGAGACCUUGGUGGGGGCCCAGCUGCGGGACUUCCCGCUGUUCGUGAACACGAACCUGCGGCUGCGGGACGCGAGCCUGAACCCGGGAUCCUCGGUCCUGCGGCUGACGCGGGCGGGCGAGACCGCCUGGGGAGCCCUGCCCGGCGACGACUGGGCGGUGUUCCAGCACAACCACAGUACCUACGAGCCCGUCGAGUGGGCCCAGCGCAACACGAACGAGUACCCGGCGGACAGUGUGGGGCAGGUGCAGCUGCCACUCACGACGGUGCUGCAGGACCGCGGCCACCUGGACGGCAUCCAGAGGGUGCUCUUCGGCAGCAGCCUGCGCUUCUGGCUGCACCGCCUGGUGUUCCUCGACUCGCUCAGCUACCUGAGCCACGGCCAGCUGAGCCUCAACCUGGAGCGGAUGAUCCUCGUGGACAUCGACGACAUCUUCGUGGGGGAGAAGGGCACGCGCCUGCGGCCCGACGACGUGCGCGCCCUGGUGGCCACGCAGAAGAACAUCGCGGCCAUGGUGCCGGGCUUCAAGUUCAACCUGGGCUUCUCCGGGAAGUACUACCACCACGGGACGCGCGAGGAGAACCUCGGCGACGACUUCCUGCUGCAGAACGUCCAGGAGUUCAACUGGUUCUCGCACAUGUGGAAGCACCAGCAGCCGCACCUGUACGACAACCUCACGCUGCUGAUGGCCGAGAUGCACCUGAACUACGCCUUCGCGGUGGACCACAACAUACCCACCAGCUCGGGGUACUCGAUCUCGCCGCACCACUCGGGCGUGUACCCCGCCCACGAGCUGCUCUACGUGGCCUGGAAGAAGGUGUGGAACGUGAAGGUCACCUCCACCGAGGAGUACCCCCACCUGCGGCCGGCGCGACUGCGGCGCGGCUUCAUCCACAGGAACAUAAUGGUGCUGCCGCGGCAGACGUGCGGCCUGUUCACCCACACGAUGUACAUCGACCGGUACCCGGGCGGCAGGGACAAGCUGGACGAGUCGAUCCAGGGCGGAGAGCUCUUCCAGACGAUCGUCUACAACCCGAUCAACAUCUUCAUGACGCACAUGUCGAACUACGGCUCGGAUCGGCUGGCCCUCUACACAUUCCAAUCGGUGAUCAAGUUCCUGCAGUGCUGGACGAACCUCAAGCUGGCCUCCGCGCCGCCCAUCCAGCUGGCGGAGAUGUACUUCCAGCUGCACCCCGAGGAGGUGGACCCCGUCUGGGGCAAUCCCUGCGACGACGCGCGCCACAAGAAGAUCUGGUCGAAGACCAAGAACUGCGACUCGCUGCCGAAGUUCCUGGUGAUCGGGCCCCAGAAGACGGGCACCACCGCCCUCUACACAUUCCUCUCGAUGCACGGCAGCAUCGCGAGCAACAUCGCCUCCCCGGACACCUUCGAGGAGGUGCAGUUCUUCAACGGCAACAACUACUACCGCGGCCUCGACUGGUACAUGGACUUCUUCCCCUCCGGCGAGGCCCUUUCGCUGCCGCCCAGCAACAGCAGCUCCCCCUCCCCGAUGCCCACGCAGGCGGGCAGCCCGCGCUACAUGUUCGAGAAGAGCGCCACGUACUUCGACGGCGAGGCGGUGCCCAAGCGGACGCACGCCCUCCUGCCGCACGCGAAGAUCGUGACGAUCCUGAUAUCGCCGGCCAAGCGGGCCUACUCCUGGUACCAGCACCAGCGGGCGCACGGCGAUGUGAUAGCCAAUAAUUAUAGUUUCUAUCAGGUCAUAACGGCAAGCGACUCGGCACCGAGGGCCCUCAAGGAUCUGCGGAAUCGCUGCCUCAAUCCCGGGAAGUACGCCCAGCACUUGGAGCACUGGCUGGCCUACUACCCCGCCCAGCAGGUGCACAUCAUCGACGGGGACCAGCUCCGGCUCAACCCCAUCGACGUGAUGAACGAUCUGCAGCGGUUCCUCAAAGUCCAGCCGCUGCUCGAUUAUUCAAAUCACCUGCGCUACGACGUGAAGAAGGGCUUCUACUGCCAGGCGCUCAACGAGAAGCGCAAUAAAUGCCUCGGCAAAUCGAAGGGACGCCAGUACCCGACGAUGGAUGAGCGCAGCGGCAAGCUGUUGCAGCGAUACUAUCUGAAUCACAAUACGGCGCUGGUGAAGCUGCUGAAGAAGCUCGGCUCUAGGCCCAUUCCUCAGUGGCUCAAAGAGGACUUGUCGACGGGCACGUGAUAGCAGCUGUUUGGCGGAGGAGGAGCCGGAGCCGGAGCCGGAGGAGGCGCUGAUGGAGUCGGCAGCGGCGCAGGAGGCAUAAAGUAUCGCAAAAUGCGGGCAAAACUCAGGAAACAGUUGCAUUGGCUGCACCUGGCGGCGGCGGCGGCGGCAGCGGCGGUGGCGGCACCACAAGAGAGCAGCAGCAGCAGCAGCAACAGCCACAGCCACGAGGACAGCGGCGCCAGUUGGCAGCGCCGUCGACGCCACAACUGACGGCAAACAAAAACAACCAUUAAAUAUAAGAUGACAAAAAAAGUAACAUAAUUAGUCGCGCUUUUGAAAUGCAUAAAUCUUUAAUUUUUUUUU